AUGAAGUACUCCACUGCCGCUCUUGCUCUUGCCGGUAUGGCCACCACCGUCCGUGGCCACGGUUUCAUCACAUCUCCCAAGGCUCGUAUGCCUGGUGAUGCCUUCCAGGCUGCCUGUGGUCAGCAAGUCUACUACAACCAGGCUGGUGACAACUACGGCAACAUCCAGGGUGAACUCCAGGUUGCCAAGACCCAGAGCGACUACAACGCUGAGAAGUGCCAAAUCUGGCUCUGCAAGGGUUACAAGUACGAGGACAACAAGGAUCUCGUGGAAUCUUACACCNCCGGCCAGAAGGUCCCUAUCAAGUUCGAUGUUCGCGCUCCCCACGACGGUGUUGCCAACGUCUCUAUCAUUGAUACUGCCACCAACACUGUCAUCGGUACUCCUCUGAUCUCAUGGGACGUCUACGCCUCCAGCGCUUCGGCUAUCCCUGCCGACCAGACCUCGUUCGACAUCACCAUUCCUGAGGAUCUUGGUAGCAAGUGCUCUACCGCUGGUGCUUGUGUGAUCCAACACUACUGGGAUGCCAGAUCGGUUGAUCAGACCUACGAAUCCUGCAUUGACUUCACCGUCAGUGGAUCUGGCUCUGGUGCCGCUCCUGCUAGCUCCAAGACCGCCUCAUCGAGUGCCGCUCCCGUCUCUUCCAAGGCUGCCUCUUCAAGCGCUCCCGCCAAGGCCCCUAUCACCUCCACCAAGGCCGCCUCAUCCGCUGCUCAGUCUACUACCAUGGCCACUAUUGUCAAGUCCAGCGCUGCUCCCGCCUCGUCCGGCUCAGCUAGCGGUACUGUCGCUGCCUGGGGUCAGUGCGGUGGAAAGGGCUUCACUGGCUCCAGUGCUUGUGCUUCGGGCAACACUUGCAAGUUCCAAAACGACUACUACUCCCAGUGCGUUCCUGGCGAGAACAAGGUAACUGAUGUCUCAUCCCCUGCUGCCUCCAGCACGUCUUGCACAACCACCAUCACUCUCACCAAGAGCUCUUCCGCUGCUGCAAACACAAUGGUGAGCUCUUCCAUCGCUACAAGCACAAGCGCUGACAGUGCUCUGACAGGCCUAGACCUGACCAGCGCCGUUAAAGCUCUCAGUACCGCUGUCCCCACCUCAGCUCUGACUGCUACCGCAACUGGAGCUGCCCCUAGCGGUACUGCCAAGCCUAUUCCUGAGGGUUUCACUCUCAAGGACUGCCUUGACUGGAUUGACUACAUUGUUAGCAACGCCGGCAAGCAGUAA